CUCUGUUAGCUAAACAUUUCCUCUUCUUAAACAUCUGUCUUAAUUACUAAAUCUUUUUUCUCCAGUUAUAUCAACCUCUCAAUACAGAAAAAAAAACUUGUUCUCCUACAAAAUAUUGUGUGUGUGUGUGUGUGUGUAUGCUAUCAUGGUACAGUGAGAUUCUUUCCAUUACUAGUUGUUGGUCUAGGAUCUUUUUUUGCCAAAUAAAAUUGCUAUUUUCGUGGGAAAGAGUGUCACAGUUUCAAUGUGGGGCUUCAAAUUAUUGACAUAUUCAGCCUAUUAUUUUUCAGACCUCUCAUGCUCUGCUGUAUAUUCCCUUUCCCUUCAUCAUUUUGUUACCAACCUAGGCAUACUUAAUUAAAAUGCCAGUUUCGAAACAUCCAUCUCAACGCCAACAAAGGCAUUGUUAAUCUGAAAUUUUGCAGGGCUGUGGGCUCAAGGUGGCCCUCUGAUCACACUUUUGCUUUCGAUAUCAUCGUCGUUACUCGAAUAUGCAGACCACUACAUCAAGAGGUGGCGGAGCUCUCGUAAAAUCAUCUGCUUCUACGCUUCAGAGCCCCAGGAAGCUAAAACCGUCUGCUUCUUCUAUAAAUCCGAGUAUCAAAACCACUAAAACCAUUGAUCGGAGGCUACCACCCACUCACACUCAGAAAAAGCGGAUAACGCAGAUCGAGGAGGAUUUGAAGAAGGUCAAGGAGCAGCUGAGCUCGAGCGAGUCAUGGAAGCGAAGGGCUCAGCAGGAGGCUGAGGAAGCCAAGAAGCAGGCCGCAGCUUUGGCAGCCGAGCUGGUGGAGUCUCAGAAUCAGCUCAAGGAGCUUUCUGAGAGCGAAGAAGCUCGGCUGCAGGAGCUGCGCAAGAUAUCUCAGGAACGAGACAGGGAGUGGCAGUCUGAGCUUGAGGCCUUCCAGAAGCAGUACUCCAUGGACUCUGCCGCUCUGGCCGCGGCCAUGAACGAGAUCCGGAAGCUCAAGAUGCAAUUGAAUAGGGUCUCUCACUCGGAAGCGGCUCAAGCCAGGCAUGCGGAAUCAGCACAUGCCGAGGUCCAGAGCUUGAGACUCGAGUUAACAGAAACUCUCGUUUUAGUUGAGAGACUAAAGAAACAAUUGAACGAUAGCAGAGAUUGCGAAUCACAAGCUCUAGAUGAAGUUAACAGAGCUGAGAAGCAGUUGGAGGUCGUUAAAAAUGCUGAGAAUGAAAUCAAGUUGAAGCAUGACAGUGUCCUCGAAUCGGACAACUCUUUGCUGCUCGAUUUGGAGAAAUCCAACGGUAGAGUGAAGUCGUUGGAGGAGCUCGUCGCCACGCUGCAGGCUGAUCUAGAUAGCCACAGCAGCAUCUCUGCAAACUAUUCAGCUGAAAAUGUAGACCGAGAUAUUUCCCAACUCAACGCCUUGAAAAGCGAAAUAGAUGAAUUGAGAUCCGCCCUCGGAGAUGCUGAAAGGAGGUACCGAGAUGAGUACAUUCAAAGCACGAUGCAGAUCCGGAACGCCUAUCAGCUCGUGGAGCUCACGAGAUCAAAGUCAUCGGAGAAAGAAGCUCAACUUGAGGCGAAGCUGCGAGAAUCAAGAGCAGAAAUCGAUGAAUUGAGGAUUAUACUUGUUGAAAGGGAAAACGCGGUGCAAGUCUCGAAACAAGAAGAAGAAGAUGGUGAUCAGCUCCAGUUGGAAGUGCUCAAGGCCAGUUUACUCGACAAAGAAGCGCUUCUGCAGGCCACAGCAGAAGAAAACGAGAGGCUGAAGCGCGAAAUGAAUAAGGCGCGGAGCAAAGCAGAGGAUGAGGCGCUGGUACUAGCAGAGUCGUCAAGAGCUGCAGAAAAGGUAGCGCUACUGAGGCUCGACUCAUUGGCGGAGGAAGCGGAUAAGAGCUGCAAGAAAGUGGCACGCGUCACUGAGCAGCUGGAUGCAGCUCAGGCAUCUAAUGCGCAGCUGGAGGCCGAGCUGAGGAGGUUGAAGGUGCAGUGCGAUCAGUGGAGAAAAGCGGCUGAAGCUGCUGCUGCGAUGCUGUCCACGAGUGAUAAUAGGGAGAGACGAGGCUCGUUCGACUACCAUUCAAUCACUAGUAAGCUGAGCUCUUCGCAAUCUGAUGAUGAAGAUGAUGAUUCGCCGAAGAAGAAUAAUGGGAACAUGCUCAAGAAGAUCAGGGUGCUGCUCACGAAAGGCCACAAGUAGAAGUCAAGUUUUUCAUUUUUUUUCCUGCUGCUUUUAUUCACUAUGUCAUUUGAAAUUUUGUGUGAAUUCUUCCUAGCAUCUUGGCGGCGUUAUGGUCAGUUUUGCAUGUUGUUUUUCUUGUUCUUGUAACUACUAGUAUUUCUUUAUGUUAUGAUGAUUAUAAACUGCACAUACAAUGCUUGAUUGUUCCAA